AUUCAAUACCAACUAAGUACGAAGCACCUCACCUCACUUACGCACCUACAUCCACAUCCAUGAGUCGAGCGAGCCACUGCCGGCAAACUGCGGCCAAACUUUUGCCUGAGGGAUAUCGGCGAGCGAAACACAGCCACACUCAGGCUGAGCGACAGACCCCUAUUGCGGCGGCAUGCCAUGCGUGCCCUGGCGCAGCCACGAUGGGCGCGUUGGCCAAGACGUUCCCGGGUCGUCGAGACUCGCCAGCUUGCGACGAUCGCGGAGACCACUAGACCGUUUGAUGUCGUUGUCAUCGGCGGUGGCCACGCAGGCGCCGAGGCGUGUGCUGCUGCUGCCAGGGCUGGCGCGAGAACCGCUCUCGUCACGCCCAAGAUGGACAAUUUAGGCACAUGCUCCUGCAACCCGAGCUUUGGUGGUAUUGGCAAGGGCACUAUAAUACGCGAGAUCGACGCCCUUGACGGCCUGGCCGGGAGGAUGAUCGAUAAAGCCGGUGUCCAGUUCCACAUGCUGAAUCGAAGGAAGGGUCCUGCUGUCUGGGGCCCGCGCGCUCAGAUCGACCGAAGCCUAUACAAGAAGUACAUGAAGGAAGAGCUGAGUCUCUACCCGAAUCUCUCCAUCGUUCUUGGCAGCGCAGCCGACAUUGUACUCUCGACCCCUGAUUUUCCGCCUGCGGAUGGCGCGAAUAAAGCCAUUGCCGGUGUCCGACUCGACUGCGGCCGCAUUCUGCGAACGACAAGGGUCAUCAUCACGACGGGCACUUUCUUAAGCGGCGAGAUCCACAUUGGCCUGCAGAGUUAUCCUGCGGGCAGGCUCGGAGAGGCGGCCACUUAUGGUCUAAGCCAAUCCCUCCAUGACGCGGGUUUCCGGCUCGGGCGGCUGAAGACGGGCACACCCCCACGCUUGGAUCGCGGCACCGUCAACUUCAAUGUACUGCAGCGGCAGUUGGGUGAUGACCCGCCUACCCCCUUUAGCUACUUGAAUAGCGAUGUCGCUGUUCGGGAUCAGUUAACGUGCAGCAUCACUUACACAAACGACGCGACUCACGGAAUCGUGCGCCAAAACCUCAACAAGACCAUACAUAUACGUGAAACCAUCAAGGGCCCCAGGUAUUGUCCGUCUCUCGAGUCGAAAGUCAUCCGUUUCGCCGAUAAGGAGCGGCAUAUUGUCUGGCUCGAGCCAGAGGGCUUCGAUGACCCCGUUAUAUACCCCAACGGCCUUUCCAUGACUAUACCCGCCGAUGCGCAAGAACAAGCACUCCGCACCAUCAACGGUCUCGAGCAUGUCAAGAUGCUGCAACCAGGCUAUGGCGUCGAGUACGACUAUGUGGACCCUAGGGGCCUCAAGUCAUCCCUCGAAACCAAAGCGAUAAAGGGGUUGUAUUUGGCGGGUCAGAUCAAUGGGACUACGGGGUAUGAGGAGGCUGCUGGCCAGGGUAUAGUGGCCGGCAUCAACGCCGGGCGGGAAGCGUUGGGCCUACCCGCUGUGUCACUCUCUAGGUCUGACGGCUACAUCGGCAUCAUGAUCGAUGACCUUAUCACGAAAGGCGUGACCGAGCCGUACCGCAUGUUCACGUCGAGAAGCGAAUUUCGUCUGGGAGCAAGAGCCGACAACGCCGAUCUUCGCCUGACAGAGAAGGGUAAAGGGUGGGGCAUCGUCUCAGACAGGCGCUGGAAAGUAUUCAGUGACGAGAGACAGCAGAUUGCCGACCUCACCGCGUCCCUGGCCACGCUGUCCUUGACGCCAGAGCAGUGGCUGCAGAAGGGAUUCCGCCUUAAGGAAGGCUCUCGGCGUCGAACCGGUAUGGACAUGCUUCGCCUCUCCAAUGCCAGCUCGCGUGUCGAGCUUGAUAAUCUCAGCGUGGCUUGCCCCGAAAUUAUGGCGUACCCAGCCCGCAUCCGGAAUCGCGUGGCCAUUGAGGCAGCAUACGCGCCGUAUGUGAAGAUGCAGGCCGCCGAGCGGGGACAGCUCACCGGCGACGAGUCCCUUCGAAUCCCCCUGCAUUUGGACUACGACGCAAUCCCGGGCUUGGCGCUUUCUGAGAAGGAAGUUUUGAAAGCCACGCGGCCGGAGACACUUGCGCAAGCUCGCCGGAUUGAAGGCGUUACACCCUCAGGAAGUCUGCGCCUCUUAGCCCACGUGCGGCGUCAGCCUGCCGAGGGUAGGACUGGAACAAGCCCAAGUUCACCUUGACCGACUCGGCGUGGUCUCGAUGGGAAUCGACCACAAGCGUUGUCGCAAAUUCGCAUAUGGCCCUUUGGAAGGGGUCCCAUAAUGCCGAUUGCGCUCAAUAUCUCCUGUGCAUUUCGUGCGUUUGAGCCAGCGUGGCCGGAUAUAUAUAGCAUCUUCAUUUAUAGACACUAUGCACAUGUACGUACAUAAAUGAGAACACCCUUUCUGCGU